UUUGCUAUGGUUAUUUUGUGCCUUGUUCUAAGUGUAUUAGCUUCCAUUCAAGAAUUCCAAAAAAUGUUGAGUUGUUAUGUUAUGUAUACAGAAAUUGUAAUGUUAUUAUGGAUUGCUUCGGAGUUUAUGUUGAGAUUAUGGGCUUCUGGUUGCCGUUCACGAUAUCAGGGAUUACGGGGUAGAAUGAGGUUUUUUAAACGACCUCUUUGUAUCAUAGAUUUUAUAUUAGUAGCUGCAAGCAUCACAACUUUAGCCAUUGGUGGAACACAAGAUAUGUUCGCAACUUCCUCUCUUCGGGGUCUUCGCUUCUUCCAAAUUCUACGUAUGGUUCGAAUGGAUAGAAGAGGAGGAACCUGGAAACUCCUGGGCUCUGUUGUGUGGGCCCAUAGGCAGGAAUUGAUAACAACACUGUAUAUUGGUCUAUUGGGGCUAAUCUUCUCAUCAUUCUUAGUCUACUUAGUGGAGAAAGAUGCAUUGGGUCAGGCAUUUGGGAAAGAUGGAGGUCCCAUCAAACGAUUUUCCAGUUUUGCGGAUGCUCUAUGGUGGGGCGUGGUGACGCUGUGUACAGUGGGGUAUGGUGAUAUUGUACCUACAACUUGGGCAGGGAAACUUAUAGCCUCCUUCUCAGCUAUAUUAGGCAUUUCAUUCUUCGCUCUUCCAGCGGGUAUCCUCGGCUCAGGUUUUGCUUUAAAAGUACAACAACAACAGCGUCAAAAACAUUUAAACAGACGGCGAAUUCCGGCGGCCAUGUUGAUUCAGAGUCUAUGGCGUUGCUAUGCUGCUGAUGAACAUUCCAUGUCAGUUGCUACGUGGAAGAUUCAUUUGGUUCCACUUCCGAGUCCA